GGACUUACUAAAAUGCAAAGGAUAAGCCGAGCCCAACGGUCAUGAUCGAUACUUAAGUAUCAUGCAGCGAAGUAGGGGAGACGAAGAACGCUAGAAAGGGCAAAAGCAAGCAAAAGGAAAGCGAGAUCUGGAAUUGGCCGUGGCGCGGAUCGAUCGGGAUCUCUUGCUUCCGGUGGGCGAUCCGAUCUGGAUUCUCGUACCUCAGUAUCGCCGCUGCCGCGGAGACUCCGUGGAUGAAAUCGUCGCACGGUGUCAAUUUUUUCCUAUUUAUAUCUUGAAAAAAGACAGGACAAAGAUCAAGACCUCUGUUUCUGAGAGAAAAAAAUUCGACGUUUUUCCGAUGAUUCCCGAAGGUGGCUAUUAUUAUAAUUACAAGAAGACGGAUGAUAUCUGCGACGAUGUUUGCGGCCAGGUGACGAGGGCUGCACGGGCCAUAUCGAGGCUCCGAUGUGCCCUGCGAGAGUUGGACUUUAAGAUUCUAAUCCUACUCUUCAUGGUGCUCCCAACUGUUAUAUAUACUAUCUACUUGCAUGGCCAGAAGAUCACGUACUUUCUUCGGCCGCUGUGGGAGUCUCCUCGGAAACCAUUCAAUGAGAUCCCCCACUAUUACCAUGAGAAUGUCUCCAUGGAGACCCUCUGCAAGCUCCAUGGCUGGAGGAUCCGGGAGACCCCACGCAGGGUCUUUGAUGCUGUGUUGUUCAGCAAUGAGCUUGACAUGCUCACCAUUAGGUGGAAUGAGUUGAAUCCUUAUGUAUCAGAAUUUGUUCUUCUGGAGUCCAAUUCCACAUUCACUGGCAUUAAGAAGCCCCUCUUAUUUGCAGAGAAUCGGGAACGUUUCAAGUUUGUUGAGUCCCGGCUCACUUAUGGCACUAUUGGUGGGAGAUUUGUGAAGGGGGAGAACCCUUUUGUGGAGGAGUCAUAUCAGAGAGUUGCAUUGGAUCAGCUUAUUCGGAUAGCAGGCAUUUCUGAUGAUGAUUUGUUGAUCAUGUCUGAUGUUGAUGAGAUUCCAAGUGGCCACACCAUUGACCUACUGAGAUGGUGUGAUGACAUUCCCGAGAAGCUCCAUCUCCAGCUAAGGAACUACCUCUACUCCUUUGAGUUCUUCCUGGAUAACAAGUGUUGGAGGGCUUCGGUCCACAGGUAUCGAGUUGGGAAGACGAGAUAUGCCCAUUACCGCCAGACCGAUGACAUACUCACGGAUUCAGGGUGGCACUGUAGCUUCUGUUUCCGCUAUAUCAGUGAAUUUGUGUUUAAGAUGAAUGCCUACAGCCAUGUCGAUCGUGUGAGAUUUGCUUAUUAUUUGGACCCAUCAAGGAUUCAGGAUGUGAUAUGCCGGGGAGCAGACCUUUUUGAUAUGCUUCCAGAGGAGUAUACUUUCACGGGGAUUAUUGCGAAGUUGGGGCCGAUACCCCAUUCAUAUUCAGCAGUUCAUCUUCCGGGGUAUCUACUUCAGAAUAUUGACAAGUACAAAUAUCUUCUUCCUGGGAACUGCAAAAGAGAACCAGGGUGAUAAGCAUCAAAAACUGCUCUUGAAUAUUACAAGAAAGAUUUCUUCAAAGUUGAUGACAGUGACAUUGUGCAUGUUCUCAACAUGAGCAUCUGACUUGGAAGAAUCUUAUUGAGGGAGCUUGGCAGGCAGAAAUGAGUUCUUUCAUCUACAUGUGAAAUUAUAUAUGAAUAUUCUAGAGGCAAAUUCAUUUGCCAAAGGAGUCCAUGAUGGGACUAUGGUCACCAUGGGAAGUUUUCCAUCUCUUAUUCCCUUAUUGGUAUGUAAUCACACCCUGAUAGUUGUAGGAUGCAUAUAAAGUGAUGUUUGAAAUGGUUUCUGUGCUUGAAAUUUUUUGUACUAAUUUAAUUAUGUAUUAUUUCUUCAAUCUACUGACAUGCUUCCAUUAACUACUCUCAAUUGUACCAUCUAAUUGGUUAUGGAACUGCUUUUGAUGAUA